AUGCUAAAUCCCACUAUUUUUGAUAAAACACAAAACGUCAUCUUGGACAUUGUAUCCGGACGUUUAGAUAUAACAAAACUAGUUGAAAAUAUGGCUGAUGUAUUAACCAACAAAGAGGUUGAAAAUCGAGAAAAAGGAAUGAGGUUCUUCACGAAAAUACUAACAGAAUUGCCUAAAGAUUAUUUAACAGAUUUACAAGUAAAAUUUAUAUCUAAAUUUUAUAUAGAUAGAUUAAAAGAUAACCAUAGAGUGAUUCCUGCUGUUUUAGAAGGUUACUUAGCAAUAAUUGAUAUGCAGAACUACUCUAUACAAAAUAGUGGAGAAUUCCUUACAACAUUGUUCAGGGAAGUCCCCUGUCAGUCACAAGUGAGGCAAGAUAGAUAUCACAUUUAUUUAAUUAUAAAGAAGUUAUUAGAGAGAGAUGCAGAAUAUAUGAAAUCCUUAGGCCCAGAUUUCGUGUACGGUGUUCUAUCGUCCAUUGAAGGCGAGAGAGAUCCUCGAAAUUUAUUAUUCCUUUUUAACAUCUUACCAAACUUUCUGAAAGAGGUGCCUUUAGGCCAUUUAACUGAAGAGAUGUUUGAUGUUAUUUCUUGUUAUUACCCAAUUGACUUUCAUCCAUCUCCAAAUGAUCCUGCUGCUGUUACAAGAGAGGAUUUGGCUACAGCAUUAACUCCCUGUCUUUGUGCUGUGCCAGAAUUUGCUGAGCAUUGUCUAGUGCUUCUUGUUGAAAAAUUGGAUUCCAGUUUAAGACAGGCCAAAAUAGAUUCGUUGAAAUUAUUGACUGAAAGUUGUAACACAUUUAAAGCUGAGAGCUAUGGUCCUUUCCUAAAGACUUUGUGGGCUUCCAUACAUAGAGAGAUUACUCAUAAAACGGACUAUGAGUUAAAAAUGGUGGCUCACGAGGCAUUAUCAGCUUUAGUUCGAAAAUUAGCGACAACAUCUAACAAAGAUCAAGAAUUUGAAAAUUUUGUAAAAGGAGUACUCAUUUCAAUGCAAACAGCUUUGGCUGGUUCUGCUACUGUAUCACAAUUUGUUGAAGCAACAAAAAUAUUACUUACUACGGCAAAUGCUUCAAAGGAAUCAUGCAUUAUGAUCACAAAUUCUAUGAUUCCUGCAAUAGUAGCUUAUUAUGAAUUUAAGACAUCAAAUAAAUUGCAAAUUGCAAGCCUGAAGUUUCUAGGAGACUUGUAUGAUUUAACAAAACAUUGGAAUGUUUUGAAUGAGGUGAAAGCUCAAGUCAAUGAAAUUCCUCAGCUUUGCUUAGUAGCUGUAAGCCAGCCUUCAAAAGAAUAUCAGAUUGCAGGCUUCCAAACCUUGGUUAAAGUACGGGAUAUUUUAAAAGAUGAUUUAGUGUUGCCAUUUGUUGAGGUUUUAAUUUACAUAAUACAACAUUCUCAAGAUAUUGAUUUGUUAAAGAUAAGUGUUGAAACCAUUCAUGCGAUUGCUAGAUAUCAUCCGGAGAUGAUAAUGGAUUUAGUUGUAAAAGGGAAGUGUGAUUUAGAUAAUUUAAUUGCGGAUAAAAACAACUUGGAGAAGCGUUUAAAUUUGCUUUCAAAUCUCGCUAGCAUAGACGAUUUUACUAAAAUAAUCAUUGAAGAGAUGCUGAAAAUAAUUUCUAUUAAUGAUCACACUGCUCCAAAAAUCGUUGAAGCACUUAAUGACUCCAUAUCUGAUUUAAAUUUAUUUACAAACGAAAAAAUUACGCAAAUUGAAAGUGACCAUGGAUUAGUUGAUUCUGUACUGAACUGGCUAUUGAGUGAAAUUCAAAGAGGAUCCGAGGAUACAUUUAAUCAUGGAUUUAUAUUAAUAGCUAAUACAAUAAGUAGUUUAUCUCCUGACAAACAGGAGCUAAUACUUUCAAGACAUACAAGUAAUUUGUUAAACCUAUGCAAAUCAAAUGAAAUAUUCUUUUUGAUUUUACAAAGUUUAUACAUAUCAAUUCAUCAAAACGUUAAUGAUGUUAGAUUUGAAGAAAUUAUGAAACUAUCCUUAAUUCUGUCGCUGAACAGUGAAAAUGUCACAAUACGAUUGAAAGCAUCUAUAUUGAUUGCGCAUUUUUUAAACAAGGCAGACUAUGGUCAAAAAUUUGAGUUGCUGUAUGAGUUGCUUCAAGAUUAUCUGUCAUCUUGUAGUAGAGACGACAUUUCACUAUGUCCAAGACUGAUACAGCUGUAUGGGUGGAUAACCAAAGCGUUAGUUUUGAGGAGCAAUGAUCAUUUCCUAUUCUGGUUGGAAAAGAUUCUCGUGGCUAUAACUAAUCAAGAAUUUACUCAACAUGGAGCAGAUGCUGUCAGACUAAUAAUGACAGAAUUUCCCGAGUAUCUUAAUACAAGGCAGCAUUGCAGAAUAAGUCCUUUCUAUAAGCAGAGGAUGUUUCAAUCGUUUUCUAAUUUAACAACAAAAAUUGAUCCCUUGAGCCCCGACGUGAAGGAGACCUAUUUGUUAAGUUGGGCGUACAUCAUAGAGAAAACUCCCAAGAGUGUACUUAACAAUGAAGUUCAUCAGGUUUCCUCGUUAGUAAUAGAUUCAUUAGACUAUGACAAUAAGGAUUUGCUUGUUGUGAUGCUCGACGUGCUGUGUUAUUAUAUUCAAACAAAACACACUACGAUUUCUCAAAGCUUACAGACUAUUUUACCUCGGCUGGUCAAGCUGUCGACAUAUGUCAAGUCUAUGGAUGUUCGGAUAAAAAGUCUCCAGUGCUUAUAUGAAAUAGCAAAAGCAUACCAAACAGCGUUUCUACUGCCUUACAAACAAGACGUUUUAUUAGAUUUGGCACCGUCACUCGACGAUAAAAAGCGACUAGUACGCAAUAUGGCGGUGCAAGCACGAACUCGCUGGUUUCUCGUUGGCGCGCCGGGUGAAAGCAAAGAAAAUUAG